AUUUUCCUUUACAUUCAUUUUUAACCUUGUAUUUUAAAUUGCUUUAAACUUCCUCUUUAAACGCGUGAUUCUAUAGUUAAACAGAGGCAGAAUAAUUUACAUUUAACAGAGUAACAUUUUAAUACAACGGAUAUUUGCAUCUUUUGCGGUUAUAGAUUCACAUAAUGGCAACAGCUGGAAAACCAAUUAUAUGCCGGGCAGCAGUUCUAUGGGAAAAGAGCCAACCUUAUUCACUCGAGAAUGUAGAAGUUGCUGUCCCUAAAAAAGGUGAAGUGAGAAUUAAGAUUGUAUCGUCAGGAAUUUGCCAUUCUGAUGUCCAUUUUCAAGAUGGAAUGAUGGAUAAUUUUGUUUUUCCUGCAGUUUUGGGACAUGAAGGUGCAGGAAUAAUUGAAAGUAUUGGCGAAGGUGUCACUAGAUGUAAAGAAGGGGAUCUAGUUGUGUUGGCUUUUGAAUCUUAUUGUGAGGAAUGUGAUUUUUGCAAGAAUCCAAAUUGCAACAUGUGCAUGAAACAACCGAGGAAUAAUUUGCAGAUGGAUGGCACAUCUCGUAUUACAUGCAAAGGAAAAUCUUUGACUCAAAUGUUUUCAAUCAGCACAUUUUCUGAAUAUACUGUAGUUUCACAAUUUAAUGUGGCAAAAGUUAACCCUAAGGCAAACCUGUCCUCUUUAUGCCUGGUGGGUUGCUGCCUGCCGACUGGUUAUGGAGCUGCCAUAAACGCUGGCAAGGUGACGCCUGGAUCUUCCUGUGCAAUAUGGGGUCUCGGAGGAGUUGGCAUGUGUGUUGUCAUGGGCUGCAGAGAUGCUGGAGCUUCUAAAAUUAUCGGAAUUGAUCUUAAUCCCAAGAAAUACGAAUUAGCCAAGGAAUUGGGAGCUACUGAUUUUAUAAAUCCAAAGGAAGUUCCUAAUGUUCCAGAAGCUUUAGCGAAAAUGACGAAUGGAGGAGUUGAUUUCUGCUUCGUGUCUGUUGGAAUACUUUCUGUUAUGAAUGAAGCAUUUAAGGCGAGUCAUCCCCAUUGGGGAAAGACAGUUAUAAUAGGAAUGGGUGAUAUGGGAGCAGCAGUCAAAGCGGGAGUUCUCGAUCUUCUUUUUGGAAGGCAAUUGAUGGGAACAUUCUAUGGAUCCUACAAAGCAGUGAGAGACAUUCCACAACUAGUGGAUAAAAUUGUGAAUGGAAAUAUACAAGUUGAAAAGCUCAUAACGCAUCGUUUAACACUGGAUAAAAUCAACGAGGGCUUCAAAAUGUUAAAAUCCGGUGAAUCGCUAAGGACUGUGAUAGAUUUUAACAAGAAGGAAUAGAUAAAAGAACAACAAACUCUGGCAACGUUAUUUUUGAUGGAAAUUAAAUUCAAUAUUGUAAUAAAGAUAACAAUAUUAUGCUGGCUGCUUAAGAUUCAAUAACGCAUUUUAUUUUUGUACAAUUGUUUUUUUUCUUUUAAUGAAUAUAAUAAAAUAUAAAAUUAUUUUUGUUUAA